AUGGCGAAAUCCAAGGACAAGGGAGAAGUGUUUUUCUCGCGGGGUAUUGCGUAUAACUACAUUGUAGUGAUUGAUGCAGGUUCAUCAGGAUCGCGAAUUCAUAUUUAUCACUAUCCAGCGACAAACGAUGUUGCCAAGUUAGAAGAACUUCACAAUAAGGGUGACCAUUUGGCUCAUGAUGAAAACGACCCAUUAUCGAAAUGGACUACUUUCCCAAGGGUUUCGAAAUCGGGGAACAAAUGGCAUAAGAAAAUUAAUCCAGGAAUGUCCUCUUUUGCCAACAAUCCUCAAGACAUUGGUAAGGAGCAUAUCAAAAAGCUCGUCAAGUACGCAGAAGAAAUCAUUCCGAAGGCGCAAAUCCCUAGAACUCCUGUUUUUGUAUAUGCCACGGGUGGACUUAGGCUCCUAGAGAACAGUCAAUCGCAUGCUAUAUUAAGCAAUGCUUGUGAAUAUAUUCAAAAGGAGACAAAGUUCUUUCUGCCAGAUUGUGCCAGUCAUCUGAAAGUGAUUGACGGUGCCACUGAGGGACUGUUUGGUUGGCUUGGUCUAAAUUAUCUGAUUGGAGGUAUUGAAGACCCACAAAGUCAUUCGCAUGGCAAGGAUCAUAGUACAUAUGGAUUCUUAGAUAUGGGUGGUGCUUCAAUGCAGAUAGCAUUUGUACCGAAUGCUACUGAGAUUGAGGAGAACAAGGCUGAGCUGUACAGAAUUGCUCUUGCUAGUCUUGAUGGGACUCAAGACAGAAUGUAUGAUAUCUACUCGAAAAGCUUUCUUGGUGCUGGUGUUAACGAAGCCCGCAAGACUUAUUUAAAAUCGUUGACUACUGUAAACAAGGAUGGAGAUAUCGAGGACCCCUGUGCACCAGUUGGUUUGAAGCAUAGUGAAAUCGUCAAACGAGAUUUACAAAAGGUUGAUGUCGAAGAGGAGGAUGAGCGUGAUGAUGAUGAAGACGAAGAUGACGAUGACGAUGACGACGAUGAUCUGGAGGACGACGACGACGAUGACGAGGAUGAUGAGGAGGAGGAUCAAGACGAUGAGAAGAACGAUAAAAGCGACAAGGGAGACAAGAGACCCAAGAAAGACGAUAAAGAAAAUAAGAACAAAAGUGACAAGAAGAUAGAAGACACUAAGGAUGAUAGUGACAAGAGUGGAGAUCAAAGUGAUAAACUGCCUCCAAAUGCAAAUACCAAAUCGUAUAUUGGUACUGGUAAUUAUGAAGCUUGCAGGAAGCAAAUAUCACCUAUUUUAUCAAGUAUCAAGAACAGUGGUAGCCCAGAUUUUGAUUUUGAAAUUAAUCACUUCGUCGGAGUCUCUGAAUACUUUGACACUCCUGAUAAGGGCUUUAGCUUGGGAGGUUCAUUUGAUUACGACUCUUUGAACACCAAAGUCGAGCAGUUCUGUGGUAGCAAGUGGGACUCGAUCAACCCAGAAGAAUAUCCCCAGUUAUCUAAAGAAAACCUGGAACUGCUUUGUUUCAAGUCCAGCUAUCUGUUAGGUGUAGUAGAUGAAGGCUUCCAAUUCCCCCAGCUUGCUGACAAGCCGUCACCUGCUGACGGCGAAGUAAACGACAAAGUUGAUAACAACAAUCUCACGACCUAUCUCGACCCAUUGCAAAGUGCAGAAGAUAUCAACGGAGUGGAGUUCUCAUGGACUCUUGGACCUGCUUUAUUAUAUGCAGCUGGAGAGCUCAGCAUGCACAAACGAUCCGAACACAACGGUAUCCAGCUGAACUCGGGAUCGAGUUCCUGGCAGUACGGUGGUGAAGUGAAUGGGUACACUCGACCUGAACUUCGUCGACAGGAUCUCGAUGACGAUGACGAUGAAGCCAGUUGGGGCGAGUAUUUCGACGAGCACUCACACCGUUUGUACGGCUCCAUCAUCUUCUUGCUCAUUCUCGUCGUAGCAGUCUAUCUCCUUCUCGGCCGUCAACGACGCAAACUGAUCCUCCAGUCCCUAGUAUCUCGAUUCAAGAACUUUCCAGCCAAAGGCGGCCAAUACUCCCUCGUAUCAGGACCCACGCGGCGCAACCCGUCUCCACAACCAGAAGACUUCGAGCUCCAGGACGUCGAAGACGGUUUCGACAUCGCAUCCGACGACGAAGAAGCCAAUGUCCGUGGCCAGUCUCCUCAUGUAGAAGUAUAA